CUUCCCUUCGAGUGAGAAAAAAAAGUCCACCAUAGCAAUCAGGUGUUGAAACGUUUCGCCUGUUGAGUUGGACGACGUAACCGGUCACUUUUGACGCUUUCUCGUGUCUUGUUGUACAUCUUACUUUAAUCCUCCGGGUGAUAUUUUACCAGAUUGUGGAAUUGAAGGCGCUCUUUUAUCUACGCUGUGAAGGUUCGAGAGGCGGCGGCGGCGGCGGCAUCCGCUCGCUAUACACCAGAAGACCAAAGUAACAUUUACUUUGACUGCUGCUCUGUCUGGAGAGCAUGUUGACCUUCAGGACCCUCACAAAGGCCCAGAAUGAGACCACCGAGCUGCAGACACUGAGCGGAGGUGCAGGGAGCCGAGGAGGCCUGGAUCAAUAGGAGGUUAUGUGAGGCGUGUGUGGAGCUGACCGCCGGAGAACUGCUUGCUCUUCAUGUCCGCUGUAGCUGGGAGAUACUAAUGGACCCUGAAACAAAAGAACUUAUUUAGUUAGUUAACAAGCUGUGGGACAAGCGAAAUCUCCAAGUAUGAAACUAGUCCAACAGAAAACUGCACAUCUUCUGCAGUGAAAAUGCCCCCCGUGGCCCGAGGUCCCAAUACAAAGCGGCCCCAGACGUUGAUGACCUCAUAAACUCUGUUCCAGGCUGAAGUCGUAGAAACGCUGACACCGCUGUCGCCACAGAACCAGAACUUUCUAGAGGGGUGCGAUUCUCCGAGACGACCAUGAACGACCUGGCACAGAUGUCCGUGAAGUGCGUCCUGGUCGGGGACAGCGCCGUGGGCAAGACCGCCCUGCUGGUCCGCUUCACGUCCGAGACCUUCCCCGACACCUACAAGCCCACGGUGUUCGACAACACGGGGGUGGAGGUAUACAUGGACGGGGUCCAGAUCGACCUGGGCCUGUGGGACACGGCGGGCCACGACAACUUCCGGCAGAUCCGGCCCAGGUCGUACCAGCAGGCCGACAUCGUGCUCAUCUGCUACUCCGUGGCCAACCGCAACUCGCUGGCCAGCGUCCAGCACAAGUGGAUCGCCGAGGUCCGGGAGAACCUGCCCAGGGUGCCGGUGCUGGUGGUGGCCACGCAGACGGACCUGCGGGAGUCGGGGGCGCACCGCAGCACCUGCAUCUCGCCGGCCGAGGGCACACGGGUCGCCCGCGACAUCCACGCCAAGGGCUACCUGGAGUGCUCGUCGCUGGGGAACCGGGGCGUGCAGCAGGUGUUCGAGUACGCCGUGCGCACGGCGGUCAAGCAGAGCAGGAAGCGGGCCAGGAGGAGCGCGUUCAGCAUCAACCAGUGCAAGGUGUUCUGACCGCGGGGCGCGGGGACGGCCCGAGGACGCGUUGCUCAUUCAAACUCAGCCGGGACUGGAAGCACAGGAAAGCGAAGUAGGGCUUCUCGUAUGUUUUCACUGUCACUAACGGGGGUUCCUGCUCCAGAACCGCAGGACUUUACGUGGACGCUGUGCGAACGGGCAACGAAGAUAUAAAAAGAGAUACUAAUGUAUGUUGAGUAUAUGGAUGAUUAAACCUUUUUAAAACUUUUUUAAAAUGAUAAAAAAAACAUCUUAUGGUGUUAAAAGAAAAUCAGUACAAAAUAAAAACAAUAUAGAUGCCACAUAUUAGUGGUUAUUCUGUUUUUUAUUAUUUUUUUUAACAUAAAAAACAUGAAUCUUAAAAUCUGACAGUAACGUCAACAAACAACGAAUUUCUUUUCCUUUGUCUAAACUGUGCCUUAAAUGUUUUAAUGUUUACAUUUACCCCUAACAAACAAUGUAAUGAACACAAAAGGAUGGUAAAACAAAGUAUCAGUAAUAAUUUUCUCCGAGCUUCUUAUUUCCCAUUGUUAGCCGUUAUCGCCGUUCAAGCCUGUCAGUGUAGUUUACCUUUGAUUUAAAAAAAGUUGGGGUUACUGUUAAUAAUUUUAAAUGUGGACUCAUUCUCAAAGCGUAAGAAUCAUUUACACAAUUUAGAAUUUAUACACUUUGUCGUGCUAUGAGCUACUUGGUUUAAAUGAGCUUUAUUUCUUUGACUAGUUUCAAACUGGAUUCUUGUUUGUACUGUGUUUUGUACUAAAUAUCAUAUCUUGUACAUAUUUAUAGGAUGUUUUAUCAUAAGCACAGUACACACAGCUACAGGUACAGUUUUGGUCAGUGAACUAUAUGUAUUGUAUAGUUAUUAUUUAAAGUGUGGACUCUUACAGCGUCUGAUUCUCAUGGAGUCACAUCACAUUAUUGACCUUCAUAAUUAAAGAAUAAUUUUAGAAUUAC